GAGUCGACAGCUCACACAACUGCUUUACAAAUUAUAGAUUUGGUAUUCUUCUUCUUCUUCUUCCUCUUCUUCUUCUUCAGCUUUACUGCACGUAUUUCCAAUCUUCCUUCACUUCUCUUCUUAAUAUGAACCACACCCAUUUCCUUCCUUUCUUCUUUUGCCUUCUCUUCCUCUCUUAACUCAUAUUGUUUCUCUUUUGGACAAAUGUCGUCUCCCUCUCCAACUUCGCCGCCCGCCACUAACACUACCUCACCCCCAACUCCCACCACCAGCGCACCACCUCCGGCAACCCCAUCUCUCUCACCGCCUCCUCCCGACUCUGCCUCUCAGCCUCCUCCUGCUUCUUCAUCCCCGCCACCUUCCACUACAACUUCCCCGCCACCUCCGGAUAGUUCCACUCCAUCUCCGCCUACUUCUUCUCCUUCACCGCCAACCCCACCUUCCACCUCUUCGCCUCCGCCUCCCUCUACAAACUCGACUACUUCCCCACAGCUGCCUAGUCCGACGCCUCCUUCGGGUUCUGGUACACCUGCCAGUCCCGGAGAUGAUCUUCCCGGAAGAGAUCUGCCUCCGCCGUCUUCCUCACCGUCGUCGGGAGUUUCGGCUGGACUUGUGGCUGGAGUCGCCAUUGCUGGAGUGGUGGUGGUUGUUGUGGCGUUGAUUAUUAGGUUUUUGUGUAUGAGAAAGAAGAGAAGACGCGACGAAGAGGCUUACUACCGGCCGCCGCCGCCACCCCCGUCGUAUAAAGAUGGCCCAUAUGGUCAACAACAGCACCACUGGCAAUCACAUCCCCCGCCGCCGGCGGAUCAUAUUGUUGGGGCAGUGCCGAAGCCAUCUCCUCCACCAGCACCACGGCCACAGCUGUCACCUCCGAUUAUAAACAGCAGUGGAGGCUCUGGAUCUAAUUAUUCAGGGUCUGAAAAUUCGCUUGUUCCUAUCCCAUCUUCUAUUCCCUUAGGCUUUUCACAAAGCAGCUUUACUUAUGAAGAGUUAGCAAUGGCGACAGAUGGGUUUUCAGAAGCCAAUCUCCUUGGACAAGGUGGGUUUGGUUAUGUGCAUAAAGGGGUUCUUCCAAAUGGAAAGGAAGUGGCAGUGAAACAACUUAAAGCUGGAAGUGGGCAGGGAGAACGUGAAUUUCAAGCUGAAGUGGAAAUAAUCAGCCGUGUUCAUCAUAGACAUCUUGUUUCCUUAGUUGGAUAUUGCAUUACUGGCUCCAGAAGAUUGCUGGUCUAUGAAUUUGUUCCUAACGACACGUUGGAGUUUCACUUGCAUGGGAAAGGACGACCCACCAUGGAUUGGCCAACGAGAUUGAAAAUUGCUCUUGGAUCUGCCAAGGGAUUGGCUUACCUUCAUGAGGAUUGUAAUCCUAAGAUCAUUCAUCGUGACAUCAAAGCAGCAAAUAUACUUUUGGAUUUGAAAUUUGAAGCAAAGGUUGCUGAUUUUGGGCUUGCUAAGUUGUCUUCUGAUGUUAAUACCCAUGUUUCAACCCGAGUCAUGGGAACUUUUGGAUACCUUGCUCCAGAAUAUGCUUCAAGUGGGAAACUCACCGAGAAAUCAGAUGUCUUCUCCUUCGGAGUGAUGCUUUUGGAGAUGAUUACUGGACGUAGACCUGUAGAUACGACUCAAUCAUUCAUGGACGAUGGAUUGCUCGAUUGGGCAAGGCCGUUACUACUUCGGGCCACGGAAGAUGGGCACUACGACAGUUUAGUAGAUCCAAAGCUGAGAGAUAACUACGACCACAAUGAAAUGGCUCGCAUGGUUGCUUGUGCAGCUGCCUGUGUGCGCCAUUCUGCGAGGCGCCGACCACGGAUGAGUCAGGUGGUUCAUGCUCUUGAAGGUGAAUCCUCACUUUCUGAUCUUAACGAAGGGAUUCGGCCUGGACAUAGCACUGUCUACAGUUCUUAUGGAAGCUCUGACUACGACACAGCUCAGUACAAUGAGGACCUGAAAAAGUUCAGGAAGAUGGCGUUGGCAAGUCAGGAGUAUGGCAGUGAGUACAGUGAGCAGACGAGCGAGUAUGGUUUGUAUCCAUCUGGGUCGAGUGGCGAUGGCCAAACAACCAGGGAAAUGGAGAUGAGAACGACGGGGAUGAAAGAAAGUGGAGGUUUUAGUGGAAGCUCAUGAGGAGAGGAAGCAAAGAAGCACUGAUUCUGUAAUGUGUACAAUCUACAACACCUUUCUUUCGUUCUUUUGGAUUUAGUUUUUGAAUUAUAGGAAUUCUUUCAAAUGUAAGCUGAGUUUGUAAAACGGAAGAGCGUUUUAAGAUUAAAGAUCGGAUUAGAUCUUGUCUUAACAAAACAAAACAAGUUAUAAGAUGGAUUUCGAUUCUUUUAUUUGUUAUCUACUGCAUUCUGGAUUUUUGUACAGUCCAAAAUGCACUUCAAAUCUUCAUGUACUCUUUGUUUGCAGAUAUCCCAAGAAUUAUACAUCGGUUGAUAUGAGAGUUUUUUUUCA